CCCUUUCUCACCUGGCGCAGAGGUGGCAGCGCGAGGGCUCUGUGUGCCAUGGAGCAGGUGGGCAUGAAGGAGCAGGCAGUCAGUGGCAGCACGGCCAGGAAGGGCCCAGGGAAGGAUGCGGCCAGCACGGAGUCAGAAGUCCCUGCACUGAGCAGUGUGAGUCAUGCACUGCAUUGGGCCCCACUCGUCUGCUCCACGGUCGGCCUCAACCAGGAUACCUUCAAAAUUUGCAAGGAGUACUUGAGGCCCUUCAAGAGGUCACUCAGGAAGCUGCACUUGCCCCUGCACCUCUCCAGGAAAAAGAAAGUGAAGUACAUGAAGGAAAGCGUGACCAUAAUUGGGGACCGCAUCGACUUGUUCCUCCAGCAGCACUGCAGAGCCUCAGAGGUCCGGCACUGGAAGAAGAUGCUGUGGAGGUUCACCUCCCUCUUCUCAGACAAGGAUGAAAAGCAGCUGCAGAAGCUGUAUAAGUACGUCAAGAGAAACAAGAUGCAAAAGUUCCAGCUGUUAUGCUGCCCUUUAGAAGCUGAAGAUUCAGAUCCUGGAAUAAAGCUGAAGGAAACCACUGGGAGCAGUUGGGGAUGCAGCGGAGGUAGCAGCCACACCAACACCCCUCCUCUGCCACCGGCAGUGAGUCUGACUGCCACACAAUCAGAGGGCAGGAUCUGCUCCACAUUCAUUCCCACUCAGAAAGCCCUCCCCACGGCCAGCAGGGAGGUCACACUGAAAGAGGAGCAGAAGAGGUGAACGCAUGGACUAUACUUUGAUGCCAAAAAGUUUCAUAACUUCCAUGCACACACAGAGCUGAGCUUCUCCCAGCUGCUCCAGGCAGAGGACAGCCCACAGCCCCUGCUGGCAGACCCUGCAGCUGACCCCACUGAUCCCACCUGAGCUGUCUGCUGUGGGAAGAGACUCAUUGCAGAGCUAAUGCUUCAGGACAGAAAUGAUGAGAAGAGAGUAACAAAGCUAGCUGCUUUGGGCUCUAGAGGUGGCUGCACUUGAUGUAUGCUGCAAUUUAGGUUGUACGGAACAAACAUCAGUUUGGCACGGAAAGCUUUUAGGCCAACCAGUCAAAUCCCCCAAAUCCUUCCCUCCUCAGUGUUUGUGCGGUGCAGGUGUGAUUCAGCAGCAGAUCACAAAGGAUGUUCCUGAGGUAAUACAAUACUUCUUUCAGCUAAAGGUGAUGAGCUUUCCCCCAUAGCACACGCCGCAUAAAAGUGAUCACAAAUGCAGUCGCAUCAGAAAAAUACUGCAUGCCCUCAAAAUGUCACCCUUGCUUAAGGCAAAGCUGAGCAAGAUUAAAGCCUGCCCAAGUCUGCUGGAAAAACUGUGGAAUAAUCCAGAACUUGAGGGAACUGAGAAGUGACAGGAGAGCUCUCAAUGAAAACUGAGCUGUGCCAGAAACCGUCUUGCUGAGCUCCCUGCCGGGGUGACACGGGCAAACAAAGGCAAGAGGGGAGUUCUCGUGCUACACACAUCAUGUGAAAACCUUCCACGUGAGCAGCAGAACACAUCAGAGCCUGCAGUGCUCUGACACAGGGACUGCUUUCUCCCGCUGUGUCAUGCUGGCAGUCUGUGUGCAGCGCUGCUCCCAAACCCAGCUUGCACAACCACACAGCGCUCAGUGCACGUUUCCUCACCCGGGCUCUUUGCUCUCUUCCGUUUAAACACAGCAUCAGGAAAUUCAUGGAAGUGUUGCACAAUCCUGAGCUUAGCUCAUAACGCAAGCAAGAUUUGCAUGUGUUUUGUAACGUGUCACUGCGUAACAUAGAACCGGCAAAGAAAAAGACAAAAAUCCAUUGCUUUCUCCUAAAACCACAAACCUGGAGAGAUGCAAACAGAGGCUGCUUGCUGACAGCUCAGGACAGUAAAGCUCAUGUUUUAUGCCACAGAAAGCAGAAACUUUGUUGUUUACAAAAAAGGGAGACAAAAGAUAUCCAGAAUAAGCAGAACUGCUGCUUGCAGCCAUGAGGUACCACAGCAGCCUGCAGUGGGGGACAGGCACUGCAGCACCACAGCCAUCCCCACACCAAGGCAGGGACCUGCAGCCAGCAGGAAGAGCAGCCAGCACCUCAGAGAACUAACAACAAGCAAACAAAGC